GGCCCCUGGGCGCGGGAUGGCGGCGGCGGCCGUGCCGGUGGCGGCAGCGGCGGCAGCGGCGGGCUCGGAGCCGGCGGGGCCGGGGGAGGAGGCGGGCGCGGGGCCGCAGUGCCCGGGGCCGGCCCGCCUGGCCCGCCUGCCGCUGGCGCGGGUGAAGGCGCUGGUGAAGGCGGACCCGGACGUCACCCUGGCCAGCCAGGAGGCCGUCUUCGUCCUGGCGCGGGCCACGGAGUUGUUUGUUGAAACCAUAGCCAAAGAUGCUUAUGUGUACGCUCAGCAAGGAAAAAGAAAAACUCUGCAGAGAAAAGAUCUGGAUAAUGCUAUUGAAGCUAUUGAUGAAUUUGCUUUUUUGGAAGGUACUUUGGACUGAGCUGGCCAGAGAUGGAGCUCUCUGGAGAAACAGACUGCAGAGAUGGAUGUGGGGUGGAAAACAGGACACUGAGAGUUCGAAAGUAGUUCCUAGAAUUGAGACACUGAAAUGGCAACCAUAAUAUUUUGUAUAAAGUUUAAGUUGUUGUAAGUUCUUUAUUUAAAAUAUGUAUUUUUUCAUAAAUAUUUUGUACGUCACUCAACUGUGCCCUGUUGCUGCAACGCAGACUGCUCUCCAGCUUUGGUCAUGGCACACAGCAGCUGCUCUGCCUCUCCAGGUACUCUGCAGCACCACGAAGCUGUGAAUGGAGAGUGGAUUAGCUUAGAUGCCAAGGCAUGGUGAUUUUUCUAACGGAAACGUAUUUUUCUUUGUAUAUGUUUGUUUCUUGGCCAACAUUAAAUUUUUUGUUGUUGUUGAA